AUGACUUGUGUCCUAACUAAGCUCAAAAGUAUAACUGAGAAUUGGCAGUCCACUGAUCGGGUAUGUACUUUAAUGUUCGACGAAAUUUCACUGAGGCGGCAUUUGCAGUACGACAUUGCACAUGAUGUCGUAAUUGGCUUCGAAGAUGACGGCACCAGAAGGACCAAAGAUGUGGGCAGUACAGCACUCGUGAUACUCCUCGCUGGUAUUGUGAGGAACUGGGUGCAGCCUGUGGCUUUUGCCAUCUCGAAAAGGCAGACAAAUUCAUCUGCUAUUCGGACACUCUUGAUUGGCAUCAUAGAACAGCUGCAAGAAGCAGGUAUUACUGUCAAAGCUGUAAUCUGCGAUCAAGGGACAAACAAUGUCAGCUUGGCUGGUCUGCUAAAUGUGUCGACCGAUGAACCAUUCUUUGAAGUCAAAGGCACGAAGGUUUAUUUCCUCUAUGACACGCCACACCUGAUGAAGUGCACAAGAAAUAACCUUCGUGCUCACAAAUUGCAAAUCGGAUCAGAAACUAUUGAUUGGACUUACAUUGAAACACUGUUCAAAGUGACUCAUGACACUUCUGCUGACAGCAUUGCUGCACCUAAUUAUCAUCUAAAAUCCAGAUUGGCAAAAAAACUAACGGAAAGACACAUUUAUCGGAAGCCUUUCAGUGACAUGAGAGUCAAGUAUGCCACACAGGUGAUGAGUGAGUCAGUUGCUGUGGCACUCUUGACUCUCCUUGCCAUCGGGGAAUUGCCAGCUGCAGCCAAACCAACAGCUGACUUCCUCGAAAGGAUGGACAAGCUCUUCGAUUGCUUAAACAGCUCGGUUGUCAAGCAACCGGGGGACAAGCUGCGUUAUGCAAUCAAAGAGCAGUCCGAACAUGCCUCCUUUCUUGAACAGUGCCUGCCUUGGAUAGACAGCUGGAGGUUUGGUUCUGCAGACAAACGGCAACCCCACACUAUCAAAGGAUGGCAGGUCACAAUCAAGGCUGUUCUCCUCCUAUGGGGCGAACUCCACCAAGAUCUUGGCUUUGACUCCCUCUUGACCCGCAGAGACGACACCAGCUUUCUCCUGGCCGAGUUGAGCACUUUUCCUGUGUCUGUCCUCACAACAGGAGCUGCCCAACUCGGCCAGGCGUCAGGUGAUGAAGCUGUUCAGGUCUAUCCGUCUGUCAGCGACACUUCUCCAGAGGUCCCUGACAUAGUAAAGGACAAUGUUGUCUACUAUGUCAGUGGUUCCCUGGUUAAGUCAUUCCUUCGAAGCAAAUCCGCAGACUGCGUCUGUGAGCGUUUCCUGACAGACGAAGGACCUGAACAGCUCCACGGUUCACACCAGUUCUACAGCCUGCUGGCGGCGAACAAUGUUCCAGAGAGCCUUUUUGGGGACCUCACUGCACCUUCCGAUGCAUGUUAUGAGUAUGUGCAGCAGCUAGAAGCUCGGUUCCUAAAGAAGAUUGACUCUCUGAUACACCUUGGUGAGGUAUGUCAGACCAUCUCUAAAACCAUCACAAGUGAGACUGCUGUGUUCUGUAGUAAAGAGUGUCAUGAGCGGUUUGUUAAUAUGUUUGCUAACACACGUCUUGGGUGGUAUUUGAAAUUCCGUAACCAGUCAUUUCAUGAACAAAAAUCUAAGCACUCUGUCGGAGCGAAGAAAAUGAGGAAACUGGCUCACUAGGCUCAAUGUGUAUUUCACCAGUAUUCUUUGCCACAUGCAGCACCACAGCAAUACUUUGAGGAUUAAUUUUGUGUUCUGCUACGCCAUAUAAAAUAGGAAUAAUGGAAAAUAGUUCCAUGCAAAUCCCACCUGCACAGUUACUAUAGGGAGUAUUCACUGGCGGUCAUAG